GCUGAGCAACGCGGGGCGGUGGCGGCAGCAGCGGCGGCUGCGCAAGCGCACAGCGCAGACCGGGCGAGAAGAGCCGAAGUGGGCAAGCGGCGGAAAUAUCCGAAGCGGUGGGGCGCCCGAGGCCGUUGCGGACCUCCGCGCCGAAGCCGCUGCUGCCGCGGAAGCCGAGCCUCUUCUAGUACACGGCAGCCGCCACCGCGGCCGCCGCCUCCUCCUUCCCCUCGAGCCGCACCCCCUCGCGGUGGGAGCGAGUGAACAGACAAGCGGCGCGACCGCAGCUGAGCCUGAGGGGACCUAAGCGGGCGAGGGGGAGGAGGGAGCGGCCGGGUGGGGGCGGGGCCGAGCGGACCCGAGAAGAGCCGAGUCGGCCCGAGCACCGCCGAGCCAGCCCGAGGCGCCGGGCCAGGCCGGAGCCGGACUACGGGAGCCGACGCGGGCCGCGCGGUGGGCGCGGAGCGGCGCGGCAGGCCGGGCGGGAGGCAGCAGCAGCGGAGGAGGCCGCGAAGGCGGGUUCGAGUGGCGGAGGCGGCGCGGGCGGCGGCAGGGGGCCGGGUGGCCGGGGUCCCGGGCCCCGCAGCGGCGGCAGCGGCGGCGGCGGCAGGAUGAUCAAGCUGUUCUCGCUGAAGCAGCAGAAGAAGGAGGAGGAGUCGGCGGGCGGCACCAAGGGCAGCAGCAAGAAGGCGUCGGCUGCGCAGCUGCGGAUCCAGAAGGACAUAAACGAGCUGAACCUGCCCAAGACGUGUGACAUCAGCUUUUCAGAUCCAGACGAUCUCCUCAACUUCAAGCUGGUUAUCUGUCCUGAUGAGGGCUUCUACAAGAGUGGGAAGUUUGUGUUCAGUUUUAAGGUGGGCCAGGGUUACCCACAUGACCCCCCCAAGGUGAAGUGUGAGACGAUGGUCUAUCACCCCAACAUUGACCUCGAGGGCAACGUCUGCCUCAACAUCCUCAGAGAGGACUGGAAGCCAGUCCUUACGAUAAACUCCAUAAUUUAUGGCCUGCAGUAUCUCUUCUUGGAGCCCAACCCCGAAGACCCACUGAACAAGGAGGCCGCCGAGGUCCUGCAGAACAACCGGCGGCUGUUUGAGCAGAAUGUGCAGCGCUCCAUGCGGGGUGGCUAUAUCGGCUCCACCUACUUCGAGCGCUGCCUGAAAUAGGGUUGGCGCACACCCACCCCUGCCAGGGCCACCAGCCCCGGCGUCCCCUGCAAAUAUUUAUUGGGGGCCACAGGUGGGGGGCAUGGGGUGGCCGGUGGGGGAACCCCAUGCCCUGGCCUUGCCUCCCCUCCCUGCCACCCGCUCCUAGUUAUUAUUAUUUUUUUUUUUAACCACCAUGUGAUUAAGGUCGGCGCUGCCUCCCCCGACCCGCUCAGCAAUGGGAAAUGAAUUGGCUUGUCUAGCCCCCAGCUGGGUGCUGUCCAGCCCCCCACUCUGGGCUCUGGGGUGGGUGGCCAAGGGGACUGGGUGGCUGGGGCUCGGGCACCCCACCCCUCCACCACUGGAGGUCCCACCAGGCUAUUAAAGGGGAAUGUUACUGCAUG